AUGACUUCACCCAAGGCUCAAACAAAGCAUCCCCCGGUCAUUCAGAAACUUGAACGCUUAGGAGACCGCUCGUGGAGGAGAGAUUCGAUGCUGUACUUCCUGACGUCCCUCCUAUGGAAGCAGCCUUCGCUACAAGCGGUAGAUGUCCGUCAGCAUAUAGUGUGGUUGUUCGAUAAUACUGCCUAUCUACGUGCAACUCCCAUUACUAAGGGUUUGAAAGUAUCAUGGCACUCAGAAAUCGUGGCUUGCGUGUUUCAAAGAGACAGCCGGAAAGAUAUGAGCAAGAUAGUUGCGAUGAUCGCGGAUCUCAUUGGCCUGGAUGGUGAGAUAGGCACCGAAAGGGAGACACGCCAUCAAAUAACGCGACGGCUACGACCAUUCCUGUAUCAUGUCAUGCCUGCACACUUGAUGAUGCUUGAAAUACCGCAACCGAAUAGCACAACGAUCAUUCAACAACUUGGCCCUACGAACAGCAGUGGUAUCAGCAGCCAGGUGGUGAACAUGGGUAGUUGCCACAUUGCAGAUGGAACUAUGAUACGCUCGUAUCUCCGUGGAUCGAGAGACAAUGUCACAAUGGAGACGAUUUUCGCCGGCCCGAAAGGCUGGCUCGUCAUAUCAGACAUCGAUGAUACGAUCAAGUACACCAAAACCUCCGAGUCUACCGGAAUACUUCGAACAACCUUUGUUGAAGAGCCAAGGCCUAUCGCCGGAAUGCCUGAUCUAUAUUCUCGCAUGCAAAGAGAGCUUGCACCAGCGUGGUUCUAUGUAUCUGCUUCGCCGUACAAUCUGUACCCCUUUUUGCGAGAGUUUAUCCAAACUUACUUCACCCCUGGUACCUUGGUUCUUCGCGAUUCCUCUUGGCUGGAUGUCACUGAACUGGUAAAGUCAUUCACUGUCAAUACAAUGGAAUACAAGGUGAAGCAAAUUGAGAAGAUUCGACGCCGGUUCCCACAGAGGCAAGUUAUUUGUAUCGGCGAUUCAACCCAAAAGGAUCCGGAAGCGUAUGCAGAGAUCUACAAGAAACACCCGCAUUGGAUCCGCGCCAUCUGGAUCAGGAAAGUCACAGAUGUCCCGCAUUUGGAAGAGCAAAACUCCGCGGGACGAUUCAAGGCCGCAUUUCAGGGUAUUCCCGACCGGCCAGCAAAGCCAUUUUCUACUACAAUGGACGAGCAAACGUUCGUCCCUCCAACCAUGAGGGCUCUUUAUCACCGUCCGGCUUCUACAGCCCUGACCGAUCAGACGGCUUUCGAUGCGCCCAGGGUGGAUUCAGGGAUUAUCUUCGACACUGACUUCCCCGUACCCAAACCGGCGGCAAACCAAUAUCUCAUCAAAGUUCGAACAGCAGCUUUCUCUCAUGACGGACUAAGGCUGGCUCGGCUCCUCCAUCCGUCAAAAUCGAUCCCUCAGAUUCCUCUGCACAACUAUUGUGGCACGGUUAUAAGUACUCCCACUGCCGAUCACUACAAGCCCGAUGGCCCGAAAUUCAAAGUCGGAGACAGUGUUUUUGGGCUCAUCAGCAACACUCGCGACGGCGCUGCGGCAGAUUAUACCGUCGCAACCGAAGAUGAGAUAGCCUGGAAGCCGAAGAACAUCAGCGCUGCCGAAGCAUGUACCAUCCCCGGGCCUGCUCUCACAGCAUGGCAGGCUUUGUUCACAUACGGGGGUCUCGAUCCGACCAACACCAAGGACGCACAUCGUAAGGUGCGUAUUCUGGUGACCAAUGCCCGUGACAACGAAGUUGCUGCCCAGGCGCUCCAACUUCUUCGAACCCCAUCACUAUUCCCACAUUACCGACCAUGGAUCUGUGCCACCUGUUCGUGUCCAGAACAUAACAGCUUCCUACGCGACCAAGUCAAAGUUGACGAGGUCAUCGACGCGGCGCUCCCCUUGCCUCCAGAUUUCGACCUCGCAGAGAUCUUCCGCAAGAAAAAGUGGGAUCCAGUCGACAUCAUCCUUGACUGCGCUGGAGAACAGAUGUUUAGGCUCGCGCAUUCAUCUGAUGUCGUCAAAAACAACGGCGCCGUCUUGACCGCCGUAGACGAUACAGCGGUGCAAGCUAAAACCGCCGAAGCAGAAGCCCGGACCCAAAAACAAGGUCUGUUUAGCCGGUUUGUCCCAUUGGAACCUGACGGUGAAGCUUUGGCCCGCAUUGCGGAACUGGUCGAAAAGGGCUCCAUCCGAGGCCGGGUCCAGAGCAUUGUGGAUCUAGUUCAUGGAGUGGAUAUCUUAGCGUCUGAGGCAGCCGGUGCUGGUGGAGGCAGAAGAGGAGGAAUGAUGGUAUUUCGGGUGAACGUUUGA